AUGAUUUCUAAUGCUCAGCAAUGGCACAUGUCACGUGCUUGGACUGACCAUGAGAUGCUGACAGUGGAUUUUCGAAUACACAGCAUGGACACCGGCCCUGGCUGUUGGCGUUUAACCCUGCUGUUGGGCCAACCUCCAUUUGAUCUAUUGUUACAGGAUACAGUGAAGGAGUACUUUACACAAUUGGAUGAUGAGCUCAUUGAAAUGGAUCCGCAAGCAUGCUGGGACAACCUCGAAAGCGGUUUAAAGGAAACAGCUAUUGAUUACAGCUUCCGCCACCGCCAUACCACCAAACAACACUUUCGUACUUUACAACGUCGUCGACAUGUUAUCAUACAACAACAUGGUACUCGAGACCCACGACUGCCACCUCUUGAAAAGAAAUUGCCAACAUUCAAGAACGUGUUGCAAGCAAUUGUUGUUACGAACAGCAACCCGAUGGCACGAGGAAGGGGAACGAAAUAA